AUGCGCCAUUUUCUCGACUCUAAACGGCAAGCACAAUAAAUGAGUCCUACUUGCAAAAAAAUAUAAAUACUUUUCAUUGCUGGUUUCCAUAGUUGAGAGCGCAGAAUUAUUAUUUCAACAUCCUACACCGCUUGCACGUCUUCUAUCAUCGGUUUUGGCAAGCACGCGGAUUGGUGAAAGUAGCUAAAUCCCCUCCCUGCGUCUGUGUGGCGGUGAAAAAAGGUGUAAGACCAUGUACCAGUUUCCAGUCAGAGGGUUGGAGAAGAUCCGCAGAACAAGACGUAAAGUGAAAAACAUUCUUGGAGAAUUUGGUCUCGAAGAAUGUCUUAAUUUGGGCCAGGAACUCCAGGAAUUUUACCCAGGAGACAAUGUUUUUGAUGCCACAGAUUGGUGCAGUUUAUCUGAUGGCUUUGACGGCCGGUGGAGGAAGAAGUGGGAAUAUCGUACACAAGGUUUGUGCUGCACCUUGUGCGAGUUCUCUACAAGAUCGUGGCAUACCUACAAAGUCCAUGUUCAGCGCUACCAUGAUGAAGAAGAGCGUCUGUGCAAGCUUUCUGCCUGUACUUCCUGCCCGUUUAUAGCCCACCCAAGGUUGGUCUCCAGGCACCUUAAAUUGUUCCACAUUGAGGAUGCAAAGUUAGAAAUCCCUGCAGUCCCGCCGCUGCCUCCAAGAGCUGUAAACGGCACCACAUUUCAGUGCCGAAGAUGCCAUAUUCAAGAUACUCUUUUGUACAGUGUGAAAAAGCAUGUUCUUCUUUAUCAUUACACUUCCACGUUGAAUAAAUAUGCCGGGCAGAGAUCGGAGCGGGAACUUCUGACUCUAGGAGACAGGUCUCAGAAAUUCUACUGUAAAAAGUGUUACGUAUCAGCUGAGACAUCCGAACACUUGCUGUAUCAUCUUCUAACCUCAGAAAAGCACAAGGAGCUGGAUGUGCAUAUCAGAGCUCUAAUUUUUGAAACUGACAGUAAGAAACAGUUCCCUGCUCUAGCACCGAAAACACAAGGCCCUCCUGCUGUCUUGAUGAUGAAAGAUCCGCCGGCGGUGACAAUGGCCACUGGUGGAAUUAAAGGGGCAGAAAGUGGUGGUUCUGCAGUUAUUGCUGCCCCAGGAACAAGCCAGGUAUUUCUCCCAACUCAAGCUUCUGCUCUGGUUCAGCUUGCAAGUGCUGAGGCGAAGGGUUUACUGAGACCUGGAGUACCUCUGGCUUUUCAGAACAACCAAAUCACCAGACCUGCUUUGCCUCCUGCUCCGAGCGGCGUUCCUCAAAAUCAGAUGUCCGUCAGAGUAGGCCUACCUAGUCAGGCACAACUGCAACCCGUUUCCCGCCAAAUUGUCCUUCCACCAGGGGUACGUCUUAAUGUACCCGCUGUGAGGCCACCGCCACCUCAGUCCCUUGUAGCUAAUCAAAGAUUGCCCCUAAAUCAACCCACAUCUGGAGGCACCAUGCUAACCUCGCAAUCCCUUCUGAGUCAUUUGAUACCCACUGGCAACAAAGUUGAUGGUUUGCCUACCUACACUCUUGCGCCUUUGCAGGUCCUAUCGGUCCAGGGAAAUAACUCCCAGGGAGCCAGCAAACCACCACUCCCUGUAUCCCAGAACAACCCUCCUGCUCAGCAAAACAAACAAAACAGCUCUUUGCCGGCCCCCAAACAAACCAAGAAGUGGAUCACGUGUCCUAUUUGUAACGAACUCUUCCCAUCUGAUAUCUACGAGUCCCAUCCAGAGGUUCACAAAGAGGUAGCUAAAUUGCCCAAGAUUGGUCUAGCUGCUCGUGCUCCAUUUUUGAAAAAGAUGCCGGACAAGACGGUGAAAUGCCUGACAUGCAAGAUCUUGAUUUCGGAAAAGGGAGUUUUUGAACACCUGCUUCAUGGCAUGAACUGCUUAUUUUGUUCUGGGCUCUUCUACUCCAUCAAGCAGCUUGUCGACCAUAUCCAGGUGGAGCAUAAUGUGAACCGAAAGAGCAACUGUGACUUCAUGAGGCGUGAAUACAGACUGUAUAGUGAUGAUUCAGGGAAUCUGCUUUUCCCUUACUUUGACAUCCGGACCACGGCUCCUAAAUUAAUAAUGGGUGAAAAAGAGCUCAAUCUUGCAUUGGUCACAAGCUCCCUCGAUCUGAUCUUUGUGAAGAUGUUGCCCAACAAUCCCCAGGGUGUUGGAAAGCUGUCCGCACCCUGCAAGAUGCCCACACCCAAUCCUAACAGCACAGAGUGCCCCUUCUGCUCGGAGAAACUUCUGAACAGGGAAUGCUAUCAAAUGCACCUCAAAGAGAAGCAUUUCAUUGUUCCCACUCUACAUGCUAUACUGAAAACCCCGUCGUACAGAUGCCUCUACUGUGGUGGUGUGUACACUGGGAAGACCACCACCAAGGCCAUCAUUGUCCACUUGUCCAAAUGCCGCAGUGCACCGAAGAGUCUCAAGGAUAGCGAUAAACUGACUUCUGGAUUAGCUAUUACUCCCAGGGCAAACCGAGCAAUUGUGUCAUACCCGGCUCAUCCAAAACAGAUCACAGGUCCAACCCCGACUUCAGUUCAAGCCUCUGUUCCUGCCACAAAGCCCCUGGAAACCGAAGCGGAGAUGCAGAGCAAGUUACGCCUGGAAGUAGCCUUCAGAGAAGCUAUGGAGGCCAAUAGAAGAGAGCGGGAGGAACGGUUGGCGAGGAAGAGAAAACUCGAGCGAGAUAGGUUGGCUGGGCUGAGUCUCCCCUCACCUGAGGUGAUAAUCGAUCCUUCUGUACAAUUAGCAUUGGAUCCAACUGGGAUGGAGCAUUGCCCCUUUGAAGAACGACGCGAGUUUGUCAAUAAGUACUUUAAUACACAGCCUUACCCACUCAAGAAGGAGAUUGUUGCCCUGAGUAGCCGUUUACUGCUUAACAAAACUGACGUUGCUUGCCAGAUUAGCACAAAGCGCACCAGAUGUAUGAAGAACAUACAGAAAACCAAGGCUGUGGUACUUUUAGGCUUCAAUAUGGCAGAGGUGAUGAAGGUGAAGCAUAAUCUCUACAUCCCAGAGAUUGAGCCCGAGAAGGUGAUCACCGUGACAGACACAGAGAUGGAGGUCGUUCAAGAGUAGCUUGGAGACGAUAGUAGUAAAGACAAGGAGGACUUGCAAUGCAAAUUUUAUUUUGGAGCGUAAACUGUUACCUGUUCCUUUAAACAAUGCAAAAUAUGUUCCAUUUUCACCAAAACUAGUGUUAAACUGUUAACCAAGUAGAACUUGAGAGGUUGAAACAAGCGAAAAUGUGUUUUGUCUGUUGUUAAAUAAUGCGUGUGAAUGCUUAUGUUUUGUUUCAUAUUAAUCAUUUUAAAAUAUAGCCUACAUCAAUUACUUUUCACUGAGACGUCACUUCAAGCAAAGUUCAUGUAAAAAUAGAUGUUUGUAACCCAUUUAUAGUUUUAGGGUUGAAAAGUUUUGUGAUUAUACUUUUUAUAUUUUCCAAACCCCUUAUAAACUUUUUUUUUUUUUGACAUUUUCUUUAUGUUUGUUGGAAUGCUUAUGGUUACGUUUCCCUUUUUCUUUUAGACCAUCUAUAUUUCUGUUAAUCAAUUCCCUUUAUUGUUAAAUUUAAUUUCUAUGUUUCUUGCCUUAUACUUUUAUAAAUAUGUUAUUCAAAUUGUUUUGAAUUAGAUGUUUUGCCAAAAAACAUUUCUCUUAAGUAUUGCUGCUUACCUAAGUGACAUCCUCAAAACUAAAGUGUGGAGCUUUGCAGAGAAAUUGAAUUGCAGUUCAUUUCAAUUGUAUAAUGAUUGUAAGCAUCGGGAUAUUUUGUAGACUCUUGGUUUCCAACUUCAUUUCCCCUGUUCAAUAAGUAAAUGACAACAUCUAAGCUUACAAUAUGAAAAAUGUGUAAAUAAAUUAGAGCAUAUACAUACAAGUUCA